CAGCUAGUUGCUGACUUCUGGGAUAUGGAGUCGCCGGCGCGGCGUGUCAGGUGUUGGCCGAGCCGAAUCCUAUUCUAAGAACACAGAUACUCAGGUAUCUACCAUGGUGUUGGAUCCUGAAGAAAAGAUGCCAGACGAUGGCGCUUCUGGAGACCAUGGAGACUCUGCCAGCCUCAGCGCCAUCAAUCCUGCCUAUAGUAACUCCUCCCUCCCUCAGUCCACUGGGGACUCUGAGGAGCCCUUCACCACCUACUUUGACGAGAAGAUCCCCAUUCCUGAAGAGGAGUACUCCUGUUUUAGCUUUCGUAAACUCUGGGCGUUCACGGGGCCUGGCUUUCUUAUGAGCAUUGCCUACCUAGAUCCAGGAAACAUCGAAUCUGAUUUGCAGUCUGGGGCAGUGGCUGGAUUUAAGUUGCUCUGGGUGCUUCUGUUGGCUACCAUUGUGGGACUGCUGCUCCAGCGUCUUGCAGCUAGACUUGGAGUGGUUACCGGCUUGCAUCUUGCUGAAGUGUGUCACCGUCAGUAUCCCAAGGUCCCACGGGUCAUUCUGUGGCUGAUGGUGGAGUUGGCGAUCAUUGGUUCUGAUAUGCAGGAAGUCAUUGGCUCAGCCAUCGCCAUCAAUCUCCUGUCGGCAGGAAGGGUCCCCCUGUGGGGUGGAGUUCUCAUCACCAUCGCAGACACUUUUGUCUUUCUCUUUUUGGACAAAUAUGGGUUGCGGAAGCUGGAAGCAUUUUUUGGCUUUCUCAUCACUAUUAUGGCCCUCACAUUUGGAUAUGAGUAUAUUACAGUGAAGCCCAGCCAGAGCCAAGUGCUCAGGGGCAUGUUCGUGCCGUCCUGUUCAGGCUGCAGCACUCCUCAGAUUGAGCAGGCUGUGGGCAUCGUGGGAGCUGUCAUCAUGCCACACAACAUGUACCUGCAUUCCGCCUUAGUCAAGUCUAGACAGGUAAACCGGGCCAAUAAGCGGGAAGUCCGGGAAGCCAACAAGUACUUUUUCAUUGAGUCCUGCAUCGCACUCUUUGUUUCCUUCAUCAUCAAUGUCUUUGUCGUCUCGGUCUUUGCUGAAGCAUUUUUUGGGAAAACCAACAUGCAGGUGGUUGAAGUCUGUGGGAAUAGCAGCAGCCCCCACACUGGCCUCUUUCCUAAUGACAACUCAACUCUGGCUGUGGACAUCUAUAAAGGGGGUGUUGUGCUUGGAUGUUAUUUUGGGCCUGCAGCACUCUACAUCUGGGCAGUGGGGAUCCUGGCUGCAGGACAGAGCUCCACCAUGACAGGAACCUAUUCCGGCCAGUUUGUUAUGGAGGGAUUCCUGAACCUAAGAUGGUCACGUUUUGCCCGAGUGAUUCUGACACGCUCUAUUGCCAUCAUCCCCACUCUCCUUGUUGCUGUCUUCCAAGAUGUAGAGCAUCUAACAGGGAUGAAUGACUUCCUGAAUGUUCUGCAGAGCUUACAGCUUCCCUUUGCUCUCAUACCCAUCCUCACCUUUACCAGCCUGCGGCCAGUGAUGAAUGAGUUCUCCAAUGGCAUAGGCUGGAGGAUUGCUGGUGGAAUUUUGGUCCUUAUUGUCUGCUCCAUCAACAUGUACUUUGUAGUGGUUUAUGUCCAGGACCUAGGGCACUUGGCACUGUAUGUGGUGGCUGCGGUGAUCAGCGUGGCUUACCUGAGCUUUGUGUUCUACCUGGGUUGGCAAUGUUUGAUUGCCUUGGGCCUGUCUUUCCUGGACUGUGGUCACACGCUUUGCAAAGUCAGUAGGUGUCCUGUCACUGUGCUGGUGAAGUUCCCUCCCUGCACAACGGACUAAUGCGUCAGGAGAGAAAACCUGUUGAGACCAGAAGGCGAAGCUCUGGAGUCUUCAGCUUGCGACUGCUGCUGUCACCUCAGCCACUUCUGACAUGUUGUGUGGGCGCCCGAGACCUAUUCUGUCAAACCCUGUCUGUUUGGAAAAUCUGAAUAAGCAAGUCGUGGGUAGUCAUUUCUUGAUGGCAGCAGGAAUGAGAGUGGCCUUGAAGGACGUCCUUGACUUUGAAGCUUUCCUUCUAGCAAGCUGCCUGCAGAUGAUCUAGUCCAGGCUCGCCUGUGCCGGGUGGCAUUAUUACUGGCACUACUAACAGUGGUGCUCAACCUCUGGGUUGAGACCCCUUUGGCAAAUCUCUAUCUCCCAAAAAAACAUUUUAAUUAUGAUUCAUAACAGUAGUAAAAUUACAGUUAUGAAGUAGCAAUGAAAUAAUUUUAUGGUUGGGGUCACCACAGCAUGAGGACCUGUAUUAAAAGAUUACAGCAUCAGAAAGGGUGAGAACCACUGUCCUACAGGGUCCUUCUCAUACCUGCCCCUUCUAUCACCAUUGUUCCCAAAACUUAUCCAAACGGUGCCUGAAGAUGCUGGAGACUGACCGUUGAACCUUGUCUUGCUGUAGUAUGUGAAGGCCAUAUUGAUGGCAGCAGAGUUCCUUACAGAGCUGCUGUAGUAACGAUUAUACUGUUCCUCAGGGCAGGGUGUCUCCAGAGUCACAAACACAGAUAGUCCAGCCCACAGCUGCUAGGGGUGGACCCAGGGGCCUUGUCCUUGCUAGGCAAGGCCUCUGCUAGGAUCUUGCUUCCCUGCCCUAGAAUUCGUCUAUGUUAUAUUUGUUUACAACGGUAGAGGUUUUCACUGUAGUUAGGUGUUCUUUUCUAUGCAAUGUUUUACAGUGUCAUUUGAUGGUCACUGGGAAUGUGUACUCAGUACCCUGUACAGAGAACAGUGUGUGAAAGUUUCUAGUCCUCCAUGCCAGUGUUGUUCUGGCCGUGUAUUUGUGAGCCAUCUUUGUACUUUCUCUAAGCUGGUACUUGUUCUCAUGUGACAUGAAAUAAUUGUACGAUUCAAUGCUCUGGGAGUUGACAGGCUGGGGUGUAGCUACAGCGUGGCUUGUGAGAUCUUGACAGGGCCGUAGGAAGUGGCUACUACGAGCUUUUAGUGAACCUUAACAGCUUGUAAACUUGAUUUGUAAUUAAAAAAAAAACCAAAAAAACAAAAGAAAAGAAAAAUUCUCCUUUUUCCUGUUUGCUUUCCUGGCUAAUUUUGUGACCUUGAAAACACUUUAUUUAUAGGGCCUCAGCAGCUUUGAUGGAGAAGCACAUACAUGUCAGUUGCUAAGAGUGACACUAAGCCCCCGCAGCGCCAGUGCUCGCCUCCUAACAGACGAGUCCCCA